UCAAAUAAAUGACGGAAGGGGAAAGAGAAACAUUCCGACGAAUCCGAACAUUACAUUCCUUCGUUAUUCGUUGAUCGUUGAAUUUGAUAUUUGAAAAUUAUUUUGUUAUCAGCUGUUAUGUUUCUGUUUUUAGUGUUUUUUAUUUUCAGUAGUGUUUUUAGUGUUCAACUUUUCAUAAUAAUUUCAUCAAAGUUUGGAUUCGAUUUGAAUUGUUGUCAAUGUUGUCAGUAAGUCUUUGAGUCCAUCAAUCCAACGUGCCAUCAGUAUCAGAAGCCAUCGGACGAUCAGAUCAGUUGUGACAAGAUGAGUUCAUUAAGUGCAACGACUAAUAUACUUCCAAUUGCGAAAUUGAAUUUCCUGAAGCAGAACACAGUAUGGAAGAUAAAAGCCACCGUGUAUUUCAAAUCGGAAAUCAGAACGUUUAAGAAAAGCGCACGAACAACUGGGAAUUUUUUCACCGUAGAGCUUCGCGAUGAAACCGAUGCUAUCAAAGGAGUUGCUUUCAAUAUAGCUUGUGACAUGCUGUAUUCGAAACUGGAAGUGAAUAAGACGUAUUACAUUAGCCGUUGUUCGAUCAGACGCGCUGACCGAAGAUACAAUACUUUAUCACAUAAUUACGAGCUUGUUUUUGAAGAACACUCUCAAAUUUCACUAUGUUCAAGUGCCAUUCUACCUCCGACGUUUCAAACUAAGAAAAAAACCAAUGAACCUGUUAAGAAAAUUUGGAUUCUGUAUGAACUUCCGUCGAAAUUGUAUAACGCUACCCGGAGAGAUCUCUUUCAUGUUGAGGGAAUUAUAUUGGAUAUCAAGAGUGAGCUCGAUGAAGUAGUUUACGCAGCUUGUCCUCAGGAUUACUGUAAGAAAAAGGUUAUACGUACAGAAGAUAAGAAAGCAUUUUAUUAUUGUGAAAAAUGUAACAAAAAGUAUCCCAAAUUUACUUAUCGAUACGUGUUGAAACUUCAAAUCGCAGAUUGGAGCGGAUUCGUUUGGGUCACGUUGUUUGGCACAGCUGAAACCUUUUUGGGCAUAACUGCCGAUGAAAUGGUGUACUUAUAUCAACAAAAUCGCUCGCUUUAUGAGUCUCGUCUCAAGAGCAGAUUAUUUCAGACCCAUACUUUUGUAUUGGAGGCCAAAAUGGAACUACACGAUGAUGUUAAUAAAGUGAGUGGAGUUGGAGCGAAUUAUUAUCAAAUUGACUACGCUCAAUCGUGCCGGGGACUCGUUCAUGAUAUAAGAAGGCUUAUCAAGACGACGUAAUGCUCCACGUUCCUGUAUUGUUGAUCUAUGCGACCAACUGUUGCAUAUUUUUUCUACUUUUUUUUUACCAUGACUUUGAAUUUUUUGCUCAUUUUCGUUUACUUUAUCUUUAUAGUUUUUAUAUCGUACGAUUAACUUUCGAUAUUUUUAUUAAGUUUCGUUUUUUUAUUGUUUGAGUACCUACUUGACCAGAUAUGGCAUAGUUCAAGAAUUCUCUCAAGUUCUUUAUAUAUUUAAAGAUAGUUACUCAAUUUUUCCUAGUGAUACAGUGAGAAAACUUGAAUUUUUCCAGUACAUUUAUGUGUUUUUUUUUAUGAUUAGUGAGUUACGUUUCUUGUUUGUUGUAAUUCUAAUUUUGUUCGAAUUGUUAUUUACCUAAAUUCGAGUUCAUAACAUUAUAAGGAUUUUGUAACUUUGA